GUCAGUUAAAAUCGCCAUUUUGUCCUAGCUAGCUGCGUUCGUGGUUGUUCGAGAUUCGUGUUCGUUUUAUUUCUAAUCAAAAUCCGAAAAUUGAUAAUGAUUUUGUGAUUGUUCUCCCAAGUGUACUCACGUUCUUUGAAGAUGGCUCAUUUGAAUCACUGCCGUUUGUGUUUGAAGUUGGUUAAGGACCCCGUCACUGCCGCUAACAUUUACACCAAACUCUCCGAUGGAACUUCGCUGGCGGAACAUUUGGAUACGCUUUUUGAUGUUUUGGUGGGCGAUUACAGCGACGGUGAUGCAUUAAAACUGUUGUGCUCGGAAUGUGUAGCACAGAUUACAAAGUGUGCCUCCGGUAAGGCAUCUGUCCAGCAAAUGGAAACCAUAGGACAAAGAUUUCGCAGCAUGGAGGGCAAUGCACGAAUGUUUAUUCGCGGACAAUCACUGCAAAUCGGGAGCAGUCCGAACAGUUCGAUCAAUUCUCCAUUCGGUAUGAGCACACCGAAAGUUGCCACCGUGCAUCCAGUUUCGGCGUCAACCGGACAGAAACGUACCGCGCGGGAUGCCGAUUUGGAUUGGUUACUCAGCCAACAACCGUCGACUAGUGGAACUCGACGCCCUCAGAAGAAAGUGAUCGUUCGUGAGAUUCAUCUCGACGAAGAAGAUGAUGAGCGUGAAACCGUGGUCAAAACCAAGUGCCCAUUUUGCCAGAUGACAUACAUCAGGCAUACGGCACUAUUGAAACAUAUUGAAUCCAUUCACCCGGAAAAGGAAAUCAAGUACAAGAGCUGCGAGUGGUGCUCCAGAAAAUUUCUGAAUGCAGCUGAGCUGAAGGCCCACAAAUGCGCCAAGAAAAGAAGCAGCGGAGGCGGCUGGUGGGGCUGGCGUCGCCGGGGAUGGUGGUGAACCUCACGCCGCAUGCCGUGGAUAUUCAGAUAUUCCACAUUACUUAUUCAUGUAACAUACUUGAUUUUUAAUAAUAUGACAUUGAAUUUCAUUGAAUUAUUUUUCGUUCUCAAAUGUUCCUAAAUAAACAUUACCUGAUGAAAACAAA